UAAAACAAACCCUAAACCUGGUCCACGAUUCAGAGACAUUUUCUUGAUCAGAAAGAUUGCAGACAUGUUUCGUAUCAUCAUUGUUCUAGCAAGCGUUGCCUUCUCAGAUGUUAUAUUAAAUAUAGAAUCAAAGAGUACGGGAUGUGCCUGCCCCAAAAUCUACAUUCCUCUAUGUGGAGAAGAUGGAGUAACUUAUGACAACGAAUGCACAAUGAACUGCACAGGGGCUACAAAACUACAUGACGGAAGCUGUGAAUCCCCUACCGCCUGUCCUUGUCCACUGACCUACAUUCCAGUGUGUGGGGAUGACGGAAAGACCUACGAUAAUGAAUGUCUGUUAAAAUGCGCCAGCUCCGUGGGUAUGGCAUACAAGGGAGAGUGUCAAGAAGCAAAGUUAGCUGCGCCCGUCGAGCCGGUGUGUACUUGUAACAAAAUGUACUUCCCUGUGUGUGGUAGUGACGGGGUGACGUACAACAACGAGUGUCUGAUGACCUGCCACGGCGCUGUAAAGUCACAUGAUGGCGAGUGUAUAAGAAUGGCAGAUUGCGCAUGCCAGCGAAUCAUGAAUCCAGUUUGCGGGAAAGACGGCAAAACCUACAACAAUGAAUGCUUGAUGAACUGCGCGAAUGUGAUAGAAGACUACCCUGGGGCCUGCAAAAUAUAGUCCAUAGACAGAGAGACGCAUAUACAAUAUUUCCUGCUUAAGUUUCUGUUGCUUGUUUAACCAGAAAAUUUAUUUAACUUAAUUGAAAACAUGUAAAUGUACCUAUAUUUUCCAUUAUAAUACGAUCAACAAUAUGCUUGAAACUGGAUUUUGAAAUUAAUGAUCUCUUAAAGACUAUACUGGACAUCAGUGUAUGAAAAAAUAUGUCCUUUGAUUUCCUUGGAUACUAUUUUAUCCUAAACUUCUGUUUGUGCAUGUAUCUAAUGUUUUCUUGAUUUUAUGAUUAUGAUGAAAUAAAACUAAUCCUUGGUUUGCAUCAGAAACUUUUUUGAAGUAAUGUUGAUGACUGAAUAAUACUUAUCCUUGGUUUGUAUAUACUACUGAUGAUUAAAUAAAACUUAUCUAGAAAGCU